UAUAUCACCAUUUCAUCAACCCAAUCCAUAUCUCUUACUUUUCAUUCCUCUCUAUAUCUCUAUUGUCUUAGCUUCAAUACAAUAAUGGCUUCAGUUUCAGCUACUUCUCUUACCUUUCAACCCUCUUUCAUUGUGUCUACAAGGAAUAACCAGGUUUCUUACAGAACUUCAAGUUUUAGUGCAAUUUCUGUGGGAUCGUCGAGGAAGAGCUUUCCUUCUUUGAGAUUGUCUCGUUUUCGCAUUUGUGCAAUUCAGGCAACACCUGAGACAGUGCAGAAAGUGAGCAACAUUGUGAGAAAACAACUUGCUUUGACUCCUGAAACUGAGCUUACCCCAGCAACCAAGUUUUCAGCACUUGGUGCUGAUUCCCUUGACACCGUGGAAAUAGUGAUGGGUUUAGAGGAAGAGUUUGGCCUUAAUAUUGAAGAUGAUAGCGCCGAAGACAUCACAACGAUUCAAGAAGCAGCUGAUUUGAUAGAGAAACUGGUUCAAAAGAAAGAUGAAGCUUAGCUCUAUGGAAAAUACAUUGUGAGAGCUGAAUUGCAAUUGAGUUAGGAUAAUCAUCAGCAAUUUUAAUUUUUGGCCACUUUUGGCCAUUUUUGUAACUUUGAUUUAACUUUCUAUUUGUUUCAAGUGGUGACAGAAAAUGUUUUAUUUUUUGGAAUCAAGAUAAGCAUGCCAUUUGAUUUUGCAGGGCAAGAUUAUAGGUAAUGUUUGCCUAUUUUGUCUUUCAUGUUCCAUCAUUCACACAUUGGAUAAAAAAGUAAAUGUUGAACGAUA